AUGGCGUCAGCAUUAGCAUUGGGAGAGCUGUCUAGCAUCGACCUCGACACUAUUCGACUAUCCACGAACAUUGACGAUGCGGGGCAAGACUCGGACGCCGAGUCUUUUGAGAGUGCCAAUGAUGGUCCAAGUAUCACCGUCCAAGAUGAUGACAUGCCACCAGCAUUUCCGAGCUUGAACAGUGCGCAGAGGCAGAGCUCAAAGUUAAAAAAUGACACUAGCUCGCCACCUUCUUCGUCCAAAGCUGCUGCCUUACUAAAGUCUGUGGCGCCGCAAGUGUCAUCUUCUAACACCUUGAUGGCUCCGCCACUGGCUCCACGCAGCGGUGGGCUAGCCGCGCCGCUGUCAACAACAUCGCUGACAGCGCCUGCGGGCGUCGGAGGUGCUUCUGGCGCAAAAAGCUCGAGUGGAAAGAGCCGCAAAAAAGUGGCGCUCGCACCUGGUUGCAGUCCCCUAGAUUGGGCUAGACUCAAGAAAAGCACAGAUCUCCGAGGUGGCAUCACUUCGCUGUUGAGGGUGACACCGUCGGAGCUGAGGAAGCACAACACGCCUGAGGACGCCUGGUCGGCCUUUUACGGAAAAGUAUACAACAUCACGCCUUAUCUCCGCUUUCACCCAGGCGGCGAAGAUGAGUUGAUGCGUUGCGCGGGUCGCGACGGCACCAGAUUGUUCGUCCUUACGCAUUCGUGGGUCAACAUUGAUGCGAUGAUCGAUACUGCUAUGGUUGGCCUCUUGACCAGUGAGUCGUGA